CGUGAGUUUCCGUAGUUUGUGGACAAAACUGGAAAAAGUUUACUUCUGACCGUUCCCUUUGAUGUCAGUGAGCAUUCAGCGUUCAUUCAAGAUGUUCACAUUUAGGAAUGCAUUGCGCAAAUCGUCAAAACUGGUAGCAACCAUUCACUCCAAUACUGCGUUCGGGGUGACAGCAUUUCCUUCGUUGCUCUUCCAGCAGCAACAGGCCUGUAUCUCCACUGGGCCGCAGCAGCAACACGGCACCUUUUACGAGUUUCGCACCUACUGCAUCCGUCCGGAGAAGAACGCGGCCUUCCUAAAGCUGACCAAUGAGAAGAUCAACCUGCGCACAGCCCAUUCAGAGCUGCUUGGGUACUGGACGGUGGAGUACGGAGGCCUGAAUCAGGUCUUCCACAUCUGGAAGUAUGACAGCUAUUCUCAACGGGCAGGAGUGCGGGCAGCCCUGUCUCAGGACCCCACCUGGAUUGAGGACUACAUCUCCAAGGCAAUGCCCAUGCUGACGUCGCAGGAUAAUGAGGUCACUUACCUGGUCCCCUGGAGCCAGGUUCAGAUGCCUCCCAAGGAAGGAGGAGUGUACGAGCUGACGUCGUUCCAGAUGCACCCUGGGGGUCCGGCGGUGUGGGGCCACGCCUUGCAGGCAGCCGUCAGCGUCCACGCCAACCCCGGCUACGCUCACCUCGUGGGGGUCUUCAACAGCGAGUUUGGGCCGCUCAACACGGUCCAUGUCCUGUGGUGGUUUGAGAGCGCAGACGAGCGAGCGGCGAUACGACACAAGGCCCACAAUGACGCCAGGGUGGUGGCCGCAGUGAGGGAGAGCGUCACCUACCUGGAGACUCAGAGAAACAAGCUGCUGUUCCCCUGCUCCUUCUCCCCCCUCAAGUGACCCCCCCAUGGAUCAGCCCAGUCAGGACUGUUCUCUCUCCACUGGCCUGGUUUUCAGCUGAAUGGCUUGUGAUUAUGGAUAUGUCUCAUGUCUGUUGUCAGUUUAAACUGGAACCUCAUCAAUGUAUGCAGCUGGAUUGUAAGGGACUCAUUUAACUGGAUUUAAUAUGAUGUCACCAUAAGUUGCCAGUAGAUUUAUCACAUUAAAUACUUUUUGGACUCAAUGGCAAGUGAUUUUUGUGACACUUUCGACCAAAUCAAGUAUUGUGCAAAAUCAUGUUAGUCCUGUUCAAUGUGUUUGAUACAUAGGUGCUUAUUACAUCAAGUGAAUGUGUCUUUAUAAUUGAUUACAUCCAGCUGUGAUUUUAACUAAUUUAUUUAAACACUGCAUUACUUACUCAGCAAGGUCCCUGUCACUGUUCAAAAAUGAAUAAUGUAUUAAAGAAUUUAAUUUAAAACGAUAUUCCGCAGUUUGAUU